CCCUGCCCCAACUCUCAGUUCACACUGCGAAUGGUAAAUAAAGAAAAAGAAAGAGCAAAACAGAGCUUCUUCUAAAAUUCAAGAAAAUGCCCAUCACCAGAAUUGCAGUUGGGAAUCCGGGAGAGGCCAGCCAACCAGACGCCCUCAGGGCGGCUCUGGCCGAGUUCUUCUCUAUGAUUAUUUUCGUAUUCGCCGGCGAAGGAUCCGGCAUGGCUUUCAAUAAGUUAACGGACAAUGGGUCGACGACGCCGGCGGGUCUAAUAGCUGCAUCAUUGGCUCAUGCAUUUGCACUUUUUGUAGCAGUUUCGGUUGGUGCUAACAUCUCUGGAGGUCAUGUAAAUCCUGCUGUUACUUUUGGAGCAUUUAUUGGAGGGAAUAUUACUCUGUUAAGAGGGAUUUUGUACUGGAUUGCACAGUUGCUUGGAUCUGUUGUUGCUUGCUUGCUUCUUAAAUUCGCCACUGGUGGAUUGGAAACAUCAGCAUUUGCGUUAUCAUCUGGGGUGUCUUCAUGGAACGCACUUGUGUUUGAGAUAGUGAUGACCUUCGGCCUAGUCUACACUGUGUAUGCUACUGCAGUGGAUCCCAAGAAAGGGAAUGUGGGAAUUGUUGCACCCAUUGCAAUUGGUUUCAUUGUUGGUGCCAAUAUUUUGGCUGGUGGUGCUUUUGAUGGUGCAUCCAUGAACCCAGCAGUUUCCUUUGGCCCUGCUGUUGUAAGCUGGACAUGGACUAGUCACUGGGUCUACUGGGUGGGUCCAUUGAUUGGUGCUGCCAUUGCAGCCCUUGUCUAUGAUAACAUCUACAUUGGUGAAAAUGCACACGAGCCACUUUCCACCAGUGAUUUCUAAGAAUUGAAUCCCCAUUUUCAUGAUAGAAAUUAAAUGCCUUUCUCCUUUUUUUAGGUUAAGGAGCAAUAAAAGGUUUAGAUUUCUGUUGUAGUUUGGUUGUGUUAGGCGUUUACUGCUGUUGUUUCCACUUAUUUUAUAGCAGUGGAUAUCAAACUUUCAUUAGUUUGUCUUUUCCCUGUUGAAUCAACGAAACUGUUUUGUUUAUGAGU